AACAACUGGGUGUUGCAGAAAACACAGGACUAAAAGUAGGACCUUUCAUCAGACCAACUUCAGAAAAGCAUCCUGACUCUCAGGCAGCACUUCAAGCGUUUUGAUUUCAAGCGAAUCCCAUUGUCACAUACUGGAAUAAUCAUUCAGGGCCCAACCAACGCUGUUCUCAUUUGGGAUAUCUACUGUUUCUUUUCAUACUAUUGAUAUCUUCUCUUCAUAAAGCACCGGUGGAAGGCACCAAUUAUUGAAAUUCUGUGACCAAUUAGCUAAUUGUAUGGCUACGUUCUCAUAGUCCUCCUCUUCUCUUCAUUGCAGCUCUCCAGGCAGAAUACGCUUUUUUAACUACUUCAAACUACUACACAGUGUGCUCUCCCCAGAAACUGGCAUCCGAUUCUUGAAAAAGGCACUGGGAUGUGCUCAGACAUUGUGGAUUUUCUUGUUGUGAGGAGGAAAUUCUGGCUAAUUUGCAAAACAUUCCUACCAGUAUUACUGCAAGCAUCAUGUUGUGGGCUUGGGGUGUGGUCCUAACCUUGCUGCUGGGCUCAGUUCCAUUGCCACUGGCUGGAGGCAGCUGUCCUGCGGAGUGUUUGUGCGCCUCUGAUAUCCUCAGCUGCAGCUCCAUCAGCUUGAAGCAACUGCCUGCCACACUGCCCUCGACAGCUGCCACACUAGACUUUAACCACAAUCAACUGUCACAGCUUGAAGAAGGCAGCUUCGCAGGACUGCCUCGUCUGGAUUCACUACAACUGGCCCACAACCGACUUGUCGCGCUGGCGAGAGGAACCUUCCGGAAUGCCAGCAGCCUGAGGCAUCUGGACCUGUCGUCCAACCUCCUCCGAGUCGUCGAGCAACACUACUUCCAAGAGUUGGUCGGGAUGGAAGAGCUGCUUCUCUUCAACAACCGCAUCACCCAAGUGGAGAGUUUAGCCGCCGGGCUCAGCAGCAACCUGCGCAAAGCCUACCUGAGCCACAACCUCCUCACGGACUUCCCCUUUUUUUCAAUCCAGGAGCACAGCCACCCUUUCCUGAGCACACUGGACCUCUCCUCCAACCGCAUGACCAGACUACCAGUGGAGGACAUCUGGGCACUACCGCCCGCGGUGCAGAGUGGCCUCUUCCUGCACAACAACACGCUGAUCUGUGAGUGCUCCAUGUACGGUCUCUUCCUGCACUGGGAGCAGCGGGGCUUUGCCUCGGCUCGGGAGUACCACCGAGACCACACCUGUCUGUUGUACGGAGAACGACGAGCUUCGGUGCGAUUCUUCCAGCACAGACGCUUCUUUGAAAACUGCACUCUGCACAUGCCACAGGUGGGAGAGAGAGACGGCGGCAGCCUGCUGGCCUAUGUCGGCGAUUCGAUCACACUUGAGUGCCAGACUUCACUGCAAGGAGGGCAGCACACGAGGUACUUCUGGGUUUCGCCCCACCAGGAGUACAUCGCACCCCCAGGCAACACUCAGGGCUCACUGCACAUGCAUGCCAACGGGAGUCUGGAACUCGUCUCCGCACAGGUGAAAGACUCUGGAGUGUACUGGUGUAUGGCCCUGAACCGCCGGCGCAACGAGACCCGAGAGGUGAACGUGACGGUGGUGCCGCGGCACGUGGAGUACGAGCCCUUCAACACCGGCUUCACCACCCUGCUGGGCUGCGUGGUGACCCUGGUGCUUGUCCUUAUGUACCUGUACCUGACCCCCUGUCACUGCUGGUGCCGUAAGCAGCCCCCUGCCCCCACCACCACCACCCCCAGCCCGGCCAAUGAGUGCAGUGCGGCGCAGUCGUCCAUCCUGACACCAUCCACGCCCCCCGCCACCACUGAGGGCCCCGGACGGAGGGUCAGUAAUAUCAAGCACGUGGUGUUUCGGGAGCCCGUCAGGGAGGUGCAGAAUGGGCGGCUUCUGCACAUAAAACCUCAGGUGCGUCACGAUGCGUCAGAGCCUGUGACCUCGGUUUUUUCGGACACACUCAUCAUCCGGUAGCCCUGCCCUCCUGCCCUGACACCCACUGCUCCCCCUAACCCAAACCCCAGCCUGAUGACUGAGUGGGGCGCUCCACAAGGGCAGCCAUCCUCACAGCCUCUGAGAAACAGAGCAAGAGUACUGCAAAGCAUAGAUAAGUGGGGUAGAAGAAAAAAAGAAAGGACUGAGAGAGGAUAUUUUCUGAGACCAGAGUAAGACACACAGAGGCAAGACAGAGUGCCUCAUAUAAGUACCUGCAAAACACUAAGUCUAAAGGGUGGAGAUCCUCUCCUUUAGUACCUUAAGAGACCCUUAGCUAUGAAUGCCUUCUUAACAAAUAGAAAUAACCCACUGCAUUAUACAGAAGCACCUUUUCCUUUUCACAAAAACCCAGUAGCUUCAGAGACCUACAAAUGCUGUUGUAUAUGUAUAUAUAUGUUCAGCAGAGACCUACAAAUGCUGUUGUAUAUGUAUAUAUGUUCAGCAGAGACCUACAGAUGCUGUUGUAUAUGUAUAUAUGUUCAGGAAGUGACCUACAGAUGCUGUUGUAUAUUUAUAUAUGUUCAGCAGAGAACAUUUCAGUUGUGGAAAAAGGAUAGACUAAACGACAACUGUGACCAAUUAUGGAUUCCAUUCCCACUGUGACUAACAGCACAUUUUUUUAUUUGACUAGCCUACUUCAUUUAGAUAGAAUGGGUGGGGCAAGUGUGCUUUGAUUGACUAGCUACUUCAUUUAGAUAGAAUGGGUGGGGGAAGUGUGCUUUGAUUGCAACUUCAUUUAGAUAGAAUGGGUGGGGGAACUGUGCUUUGAUUGCACUUUAAGACAGAGAAGGGUAAUUGAAAUGUGUCAUAUUGAUGUUUGCCCAUCUUGAGGUCUCGACUUGACUUAUUGACUAAAUAUCAGGAGGGAAAUGGAGAAUUGACCAUAUGACAAGAACAGAUCUUUUUAAUGGACAAUAACAGUGUGACAACAACUGAAGGGGUGGAACAGACAGAUCACUUCCAUCUGGUAACCUUCCCACUCACCAUCCCAUCAUUCAACCCUUUCUUUUCCCCUUCCUCAUCACCUUCCCUUUUCCCCUUCUACCUAAGCCCUAAUAAACCAUUCUGCUUUAACAUUUGAGCUGAACGUCUGCUUGUUCUUGUGAGACAAAGGGGGGAAAUCAAAGCUGACCAUUGAACCUGUGUGCAUGUGUGUGGUAGUAGUAGUAAGGUCUAAUGGGCAUAGAGUGAUUAAGCAAUAUAGUACGAGUGCGAGUGGGG